AUGGGGGGAGAAGAUCGGGGUAGGGGGUUGGGAGGUGGUGGGAUCUACUACAUCGGGCGAGGCGCUCUCGGCAGCAGCAGCAGCAGCAGCAUCGGAGCGGCGACGGCGGCGGCGGUGGUGGUGGCUUUUCCUCCAUCUGUCGUGCAGGAAGUGAGAGAGCCGAGGAGGAGGAGGAGGGAGGGGACGUCAGAAGGGCAUCAGGUGUUCACACCUCCUCCUUCACCUCAUCCUCCCCCUCCUCCUCCUCCUCCUUCUUCUCCUGCAAUGAGUAGAAGUGGUCAACACCAAGUGUUCGUUUGCAAGUGGUGUGGUGCUUCUUCACCACCACCACCUCCCCCUCUCUUCUCCUCCUCCUCCUCCUUCUCCCCCUCUCUUCAACCUCCUCAAUCCGGCUUCUUUGUUUCAUCAGGAAGAAAUGCCUUCAUUUCUAACAGAGCAACUACCUCUCCUCCUCCUACUCCUCCUCCUCCUCCUCCUCCUCCUCCUACUCCUCCUCCCUCCUCCUCCCCCCUCACUCCUCCUCCUCCUCCUUCCCUUCCUCCUCCUCCUUCUCAGCUUCACCAGGAAUAA